AUGCUCGCUCGACGACUACCCCUCUGCUCUCCUCAAGCUUCCUCCUUCUUCCGCGCCUUCACCACCUCCGCUCUAUCUCGAGAACCUGCUCGCUCCCCAGGCCUAGGCGACAUCACACCCGACGGCACCGAUGCUUUCAUCACCCGGCAAAAGGAAUUCCGUGACGGUCUCGAAGCGACCAAGAAGAGAAAAGAACAAGCUGAAAGUCAGUCUCCAGUUACUGCCUCCCCCAAUGCGUCUGAUAGUGCUUCUGGUGUCUUUAAUUCUCUUGGACUGGGCUCACUUUCUACCGCCCCUCAUGCAGAAGAAGCAAGGCAAGCCGAGACAGAUACCUCAACCAGACGCUCCGGAAAACUCUCGAGUCUGAUCUACGGCACCCCUGAAGGUCAGCAGCUAGACAAGGAGAUGGAACGCUCCUUCUCCCAGGUCCUCGCUCGCGGCAAAUACGUCCAUUCGAUCGUCUUCCACGACGUCAAGCCUGACAAGGUCGAUGAGUAUGUCGAACUUGUAGGUAGCUGGUACCCCAAGAUGGCGAACAUCCCCGAGAAUAAGGUUCACCUGGUGGGAAGUUGGAGAACAGAGGUCGGCGAUUGUGAUACAUUCGUACACAUUUGGGAAUAUCAACGCUACACAGGCUACCAUGCGUCAUUACACAGCAUCUCCCACCACCCUGAAUUUCCGGACUUCGACAAGAAGCUGAAGAGUCUGAUCAACUCAAAGAAGGUUUCGCUGAUGCAGGAGUUUUCAUUCUGGCCAACAACUCCCCCACGGAAGCUGGGUGGUUUGUUUGAGCUGCGAUCCUACACACUACACCCGGGUAAUCUACUGGAAUGGGAAACGCAUUGGCGAAAUGGACUGAAAGCGAGGAGAGAGGUAAUGGAGGGUGUAGGAGCCUGGUUCGUCCAGAUUGGAGACCUGAACACUGUCCAUCACUUGUGGCAGUUUGCAGACCUCGAGGAGCGUAAGUUGCGUCGAGAACAAUCCUGGGGUGUGGAGGGAUGGGCAGACACAGUCCACAAAACCGUGCCGUUAAUCCAGACUAUGAAGAGCAAGAUUCUCAUUCCCAUGCCUUGGAGUCCCGUGGGAUGA